UUUGCUCUUGACUUGUUUAUUCCGUUGUUUACAUCAGCUAAACGAAAUGGCUUACCCGCCUUUGAAAAUGGAAGGUUUAACACCUGAAAUGGAAAAUGUAGCAGAAAGAGAACUUGGUGAAACCCCUCAAGUAAGGAAGGAUUCCUUGGAAAAAAUUAAAGAACUCAUAGAAAAUGAACCAGAUUUUUACCCAUGCUUGGAUGAUAAAUUCUUGUUAAUGUUCCUUCGGUGCAAAAAGCACGAUGUCCAGAGAGCUUUCAAGUCACUGAAGCGUUAUUACUGUUUCAAAGAGAAGUAUUCUGGAGUUUUUACAGAUUUAUUGCCUACAGAACUUCGAAACAUCAUGAAAACAAACUGCUACGUAGACAUGCCUCGUAGAGAUCAUCAUGGCAGAAAUGUGGUCAUUUGGCGUCUGAGUCAGUGCCUAAGGACAAAGAUCCCUAUAGAAAAAUUAUUCGCUGCAUGUUUGACUGUGGGUAUACUGGCCAAUCGAAUAGAAGCAACUUCGGUGUGCGGAAUUGUGCUAAUCUUCGAUUUCAAAGAUUUCUCUUUGCAGGAAAUUUUCAAAUUCGCCUCACCAAAAUUUGUAAUGUUCUUCUUUAACUGCAUUCAGGAGUGUUUGCCUUUCCGAAUAAGAGAAGUGCACAUAGUAAACGAACCAGAACUUUUCAACGUUUUUUACAAUAUUAUAAAAUUUGCUAUGCCAAAGAAGCUAAUGGAAAGAGUGUUCAUGCAUGGAAAGAAUUUGAAAGACCUUCAGAAAUAUCUUCCUCCAGAAAUCCUUCCAGAAGAAUUGGAGGGAACAGCAGGGCCUCUAGACAGUACAGAAUUUUACAACAACGCUCUCAGUCAAGAAUGUUUCUUUAAAGAAAUGGUUAAGUGUGGAUUUCGAAGAAAAUCUGCAGAAAAUCUGCAGGAACGCCUGGAAGAUAAAUUUUCAAAUAUCAUUAUUUAAUUAAACAAUCAAGAAAUUUAUAACGCAUUGUAUAAAUAAAUUAUCAUUUUAUCGAACGAGAUUUAACACAAUCUUAAUGAAUUCCAAAUGCAAGUUUAAUAUCAUGUUCUGAUGCUUUGAGACUGUCUGUAAGAAAACGUUUCGAAUAUUUUGCAAGAAAUUAUUCCCAAUGAAGGUAAUAGGUAUGCAUAAUUAAAAACUUAGUUAC